AUGGAUCAGACAAAUGGAACCUCCACUGACUUCAUCCUUCUGGGCCUCUUUCCGGGGUUCGGACACCCCAAGCUCCUGAUCCUCAUCAUUCUCCUCAUCUACACUGUGGCCUUUGCUGGAAACUCUGUCCUGAUUGUCCUCAUCUGGCUGGAUUCCCACCUGCACACCCCCAUGUACUUCCUGCUCAGCCAACUCUCGGUCCUCGACCUGGCUUACAUCUCCAGCACGGUGCCCAAGACAGCAUCCAACUACUUCCAAGGGAAGAGAAGCAUUUCCUACUUUGCCUGUGGUGCUCAAAUGUUCUUCUUCCUCACCUUCGGCCUGGCAGAGUGCAUCCUCCUGACCCUUAUGGCCUAUGAUCGUAAUGUGGCUGUCUGUAACCCCCUGAGGUAUGCAGUCCUCAUGAGCCCCAAGGUCUGCCUGCAGAUGGCUGCUGCAGUGUGGACUGGAGCAGCCCUUCUUGCCCUGGCCCACACUGUCUACCCAAUGCAUUUUCCCAUCUGUGGCUCCAGGGAGAUUAACCACUACUUUUGUGAGAUGCCUGCCAUUCUGGGAAUGUCUUGUGUAGACACAUCAGCCUAUGAGAUGGUGAAAUUUGCGUCCACCAUUGUGGUCCUCUUGGUCCCAUUUCUUCUCAUCCUGGCUUCCUACACACUCAUACUCCUCGCUGUCCUCAACAUGAACUCACGGAAGGGGAGGAAUAAAGCCCUGGCCACCUGCUCCUCUCACCUGACCGUAGUGUGUCUCUACUUUGGCCAAGCCAUCUUCAUCUAUAUGACACCCACCUCUUCCCACACACCCGAGCAAGACCAGGUAGGAGCCGUGCUUGGUACCAUAGUGACGCCUGCACUCAACCCCCUCAUCUACAGCCUGAGGAACAAGGAGGUGGUGGGGGCCCUGCAGAAGUGCCUCGGAAGGUGCUGCAACCGUGAAAAUGGCUGGUCUCUGCAGCACGACAUCGGGAAGGUGUUACCUUCAAUUCUAAGAACGUCCACAACCAACUGA